GGUAAACCGUGCACGCCACACAGCUCCUUCCUUCCGGUUUCCUCUCGGCUCUCCGGCGCCUGCUGCGUGUUUCAGCGGAGCUCACAUCCCUCUGUUUCACUCCGGCGUGUCGCCAGGUUGAAGUUACUCCGGCAUCAUGUCAUACCACGACGAGGAGGACUAUGAUCCUUAUUCCUACCCGAACGACUACGACUUGCACACUGGUGACCCCAAAGCAGACCUGGCCUACGAGCGGCAGUACGAGCAGCAGACCUACCAUGUCAUCCCCGAGGUGAUCAAAAACUUCCUGCAGUAUUUCCACAAAACCAUCUCGGACCUCAUCGACCAGAAGGUUUACGAGCUGCAGGCCAACCGUGUGUCGAGCGAAAACAUCGAGCAGAAGAUCUACGAGAUCCAGGAUGUCUAUGAGAACAGUUGGAACAAGUUGACUGAUCGUUUCUUCAAGACGUCCCCCUGGCCCGAGGCUGAGGCCAUCGCCUCCCUUGUUGGCAACGAUGCUGUGUUCCUCAUUCUCUAUAAGGAACUGUACUACAGACACAUCUACGCCAAAGUCAGCGGUGGACCAACUUUGGACCAGAGGUUUGAGUCUUACUACAAUUACUGCAACCUCUUCAACUACAUUCUUAAUGCUGAUGGCCCCGCCCCCCUGGAACUGCCCAACCAAUGGCUUUGGGACAUCAUUGAUGAGUUCAUUUAUCAGUUCCAGUCCUUUAGCCAGUACCGCUGCAAGACGGCCAAGAAGUCGGAGGAGGAGAUCGAGUUCCUGAGGAACAACCCAAAGAUCUGGAAUGUCCACAGUGUCCUCAACGUUCUCCACUCCCUGGUGGACAAGAGCAACAUCAACCGCCAGCUAGAGGUCUACACCAGCGGAGGGGACCCAGAGAGCGUGGCUGGAGAGUACGGACGUCAUUCCCUCUAUAAGAUGUUGGGCUACUUCAGCUUGGUGGGGCUGCUGAGGCUGCACUCUCUGCUUGGUGAUUACUACCAGGCCAUCAAAGUCCUGGAGAACAUUGAGCUCAACAAAAAGAGUAUGUACUCCCGUGUGCCUGAGUGCCAGAUCACCACCUACUACUACGUGGGUUUUGCCUACCUGAUGAUGAGGCGGUACCAAGACGCCAUUCGUGUCUUUGCCAACAUCUUGCUCUACAUCCAGAGGACCAGGAACAUGUUCCAGAGGUCCACGUACAAAUAUGAGAUGAUCAACAAACAAAAUGAACAGAUGCACGGCCUGCUGGCCAUCGCCCUCACCAUGUACCCGAUGCGCAUCGAUGAGAGCAUCCACACGCAGCUGAGGGAGAAGUAUGGCGACAAGAUGCUGAGGAUGCAGAAGGGAGACCUGCAGGUGUUCGAGGAGCUGUUCAGCUUCGCCUGUCCCAAGUUCCUGUCGCCCGUGGUGCCAAACUACGACAACGUCCACCCCAACUACCACAAAGAGCCCUUCCAACAGCAGCUGAAGGUCUUUGCUGAGGAGGUGCAGCAGCAGGCGCAGCUCUCCACCAUCCGCAGUUUCCUGAAGCUGUACACGACCAUGCCGGUGGCCAAGCUGGCGGGCUUCCUCGACAUGACCGAGCAGGAGUUUCGCAUUCAGCUGCUGGUCUUCAAGCACAAGAUGAAGAACCUUGUGUGGACCAGUGGCAUCUCAGCCCUGGACGGAGAGUUCCAGUCCGCCUCCGAGGUCGACUUCUACAUUGACAAGGACAUGAUUCACAUCGCCGACACUAAAGUGGCCCGUCGCUACGGAGAUUUCUUCAUUAGACAGAUCCACAAGUUUGAGGAGUUGAACAGGACGCUGAAGAAGAUGCCGAUGAGCGGCGGCUCCGGGGGAUCGGGCAAUGCCUUGGGCCGAUAAGUCUGACCAGCAGCGAAGACGACCCGGUGUGAACUCUGCUCCCUCGGUCUCUUUCAGAUCUUUUGACAAUUAUUGAUGAAGCUUUUUUUUCUAUGUAACCUGGAAAAAAUAAAAGGAUGUGGUGCGCUACAAA